AAAGUACCUGUGAGCAGUGUGUCUUCUCUCUGCCUGGAUAUCACCCCCGGGCACAAUGAGUCAGUCACCCAUAAUCCUCCCUGUUGUGCUACUGCUGCUGCCUGUGUUGGUUCUGUGUUCUCCAGAAUGCCCAUGGCUUGACAAUAAGGGAGAGUUUCAGGUUCAAAAAAUACUAACUGUCCUUGAUCAUAUGGAGCCCACGGAAGAGAUUCCGAAUGAUUGCUUUCUACCCCUGCCUCCUAUUGACUUUACCCACAACAUGUCUCUGGGAGCUGCGGCCGCCAUAGUGGAUAAAGUUUCCAGGGAAACUAUCAGAUUGUACAGUAAAAAGUGUCACCAACUGGGACACACACAGAAGGAUUGUUCCGAGCUGCUUCACCUUCUGCAUCAGCUAAGCCAAUGGGUGGCUCCGUGCUUGACAGACACAGGGGAAUAUAAGGAGGUCACAGAGCAAGUAACUAAACAAUUCAGACAGACGGCACAAAAUCCGGGUAACACUGCCUGUGCCCGGCAUAACAUUUGGGCGGCUACCACUCAUUAUUACCAGCAAGUUGCUCGUCUCACAUCCCUGAUGAUCAAACAGCGUCUCAUGAACUGAAUCUGCGCCUCCAAUCUUGUUGGCUAUUGCACAAGUGAAAAGAAAAACGUCACCAUAAUUCCCGGGCAAGAGCGCUGGCUUGCUUGUCCCUCCAUGUGCCGGUUGGAUGGCGAGCACCCUGGCAAGUCUCUCCUGUGCAUCUUUUAAUGCUUGCGCCCUGCGUUGCUGCCAGCCUUCUUGCAUUGGAUCCUAAUUUCCAUAGCCAAGCUGGGUCUGUUCUGCUGAUGGUGGGGAGCCAAACUCAGUCACCCAUACUCCACCCCAUCGUGUUGCUGCUGCUGCCUGGGCCCAUCACCGCCUCUCUACAAAGGGCAAAAUCUGCCCAGAAGGGAGACUUUCUGCUCAACCAAAUGUUGACUACCUUUCAUCAUCUGGAACCCAAGAAAGCGCUCCUAUGCUUCCUCCCACUGACACUUCCUGCAACAUAUAACAGAUGGAAGCUGUACCCAUGGCGGCAAAAACAGUCUUCGGGAGACUGCCAGACUGUCACCUGUGUGUAGAAGUAGAAAGUGACAACUUGUGCCCAAGUUUUUCCUUUUCUUAUUUGUAUUCAAUAAAGAUGGUUGUAAAA